CCCUGGCUUCGCGCAAGGCAUGCUAGGUUUUUGCCCGCUUGGUGUGUCAUUGGAAUUCCAGGUCAGCGGAACAGAAUCCUUGGUGAUUUUAAUAUGCAGGCAGGACUGGAAACCUCUUCUUAUUGGGUAUGUGGAGACCAAAGCCAAGGGGCUGUUUUCCUGCGGGAAUUUACACUGAUUCGAAGAGAGAGCCUUCAUGAGGAUUUCCUGUCUGACCUCUUGAAUAGUCACAAAGCUGAAGACUCGAGCUCCAGGACAGCGCGCUCAGAGGAAGAACGGGACGGCCUAUGGGAUGCGUGGGGCACCUGGAGCGAGUGUUCACGCACCUGCGGUGGUGGCGCCUCCUACUCACUGAGACGCUGCCUCAGCAACAAGAGCUGUGAAGGAAGAAAUAUCAGAUAUAGAACAUGCAGUAAUGUGGACUGUCCACCAGAAGCAGGUGAUUUCCGAGCUCAACAAUGCUCAGCUCAUAAUGAUGUCAAGCACCAUGGUCAGUUUUAUGAGUGGCUUCCUGUGUCCAACGACCCCGACAACCCAUGCUCUCUCAAGUGCCAGGCCAAAGGAACAGCCCUGGUUGUCGAGCUUGCACCUAAGGUCUUAGAUGGGACUCGUUGCUACACAGAAUCUUUGGAUAUGUGCAUCAGUGGCUUAUGCCAAAUUGUUGGCUGCGAUCAUCAGCUGGGAAGCACUGUCAAGGAAGAUAACUGUGGAGUCUGCAGUGGCGACGGGUCCACCUGCCGGCUGGUUCGAGGACAGUAUAAGGCCCAGCUCUCAGCAACAAAAUUGGAUGACACCGUGGUUGCUAUUCCUUAUGGCAGUAGACAUAUUCGCCUGGUCUUGAAAGGACCUGAUCACUUAUAUCUGGAAACCAAAACCCUCCAGGGGGCAAAAGGUGAAAACAGUCUCAGCUCCACAGGCACCUUUCUUGUGGACAAUUCUAGUGUGGACUUCCAGAAAUUUCCUGACAAAGAGAUACUGAGAAUGGCUGGACCACUCACAGCAGAUUUCAUUGUCAAGAUUCACAACUUGGGACCCGCUGACAGUACAGUCCAGUUUAUCUUCUAUCAGCCUAUCAUUCACCGAUGGCGGGAGACGGAUUUCUUUCCUUGCUCAGCAACCUGUGGAGGAGGUUACCAGCUGACAUCAGCAGAGUGUUAUGAUCUCCGGAGCAACCGUGUGGUUGCUGAUCAGUACUGUCACUAUUACCCAGAGAACAUCAAACCCAAACCCAAGCUUCAGGAGUGCAACCUGGAUCCUUGUCCCGCCAGUGACGGAUACAAGCAGAUCAUGCCUUAUGACCUCUACCAUCCCCUUCCUCGGUGGGAGGCCACUCCAUGGACCGCGUGCUCCUCCUCGUGUGGGGGGGGCAUCCAGAGCCGGGCAGUUUCCUGUGUGGAGGAGGACAUCCAGGGGCAUGUCACCUCAGUGGAAGAGUGGAAAUGCAUGUACACCCCUAAGAUGCCCAUCGUGCAGCCCUGCAACAUUUUUGACUGCCCUAAAUGGCUGGCACAGGAGUGGUCUCCGUGCACUGUGACGUGUGGCCAGGGCCUCAGGUACAGAGUGGUCCUCUGCAUUGAUCAUCGAGGAAUGCACACAGGAGGCUGUAGCCCGAAAACCAAGCCCCACAUAAAAGAGGAAUGCAUCAUACCCACCCCCUGCUAUAAACCCAAAGAGAAACUUCCAGUGGAAGCCAAGCUGCCAUGGUUCAAACAAGCUCAAGAGCUUGAAGAGGGAGCUGCUGUUUCAGAAGAACCCUCGUUCAUCCCAGAGGCCUGGUCAGCCUGCACCGUGACCUGUGGUGUGGGGACUCAGGUGAGAAUAGUCCGGUGCCAGGUGCUCCUAUCUUUCUCCCAGUCCGUGGCUGACCUGCCUGUGGACGAAUGUGAAGGUCCCAAGCCAGCAUCCCAGCGUGCCUGUUAUGCAGGACCAUGCAACGGGGACACCCCUGAGUUUAACCCAGAAGAGACUGAUGGACUCUUCGGUGGCCUGCAGGAUUUUGAUGAGCUGUAUGACUGGGAGUAUGAGGGUUUCACCAAGUGCUCCGAGUCAUGUGGAGGAGGUGUCCAGGAGGCUGUGGUGAGCUGCCUGAACAAACAGACACGGGAGCCUGCUGCUGAGAACCUGUGCGUGACCAGCCGCCGGCCCCCACAGCUCCUCAAGUCCUGCAGUUUGGACCCGUGCCCAGCAAGGUGGGAAAUCGGCAAGUGGAGUCCAUGCAGUCUCACCUGUGGGGUUGGCUUGCAGACCAGAGAUGUCUUCUGCUCCCACCUACUCUCCAGGGAGAUGAAUGAAACCGUAAUCCUGGCUGAUGAGCUGUGUCGCCAGCCCAAGCCCAGCACAGUGCAAGCUUGUAAUCGCUUCAACUGCCCCCCAGCCUGGUACCCUGCACAGUGGCAGCCGUGUUCCAGGACCUGUGGAGGGGGCAUCCAGAAGCGUGAAGUUCUUUGCAAACAGCGCAUGGCUGAUGGCAGUUUCUUGGAGCUUCCUGAGACCUUCUGUUCAGCCUCAAAAUUGGCCUCCCAGCAAGCCUGCAGGAAAGAUGACUGUCCCAGCGAGUGGCUACUGUCUGACUGGACAGAGUGUUCCACAAGCUGUGGGGAGGGCACCCAGACUCGAAGUGCCAUUUGCCAGAAGGUGCUGAAAACCGGCGUCACAGCCAUUGUCAAUUCCUCCCUGUGCCCACCUCUGCUGUUCUCAUCAUCCAUCAGGCCCUGUAUGCUGGCAACCUGUGCAAGGCCUGGACGGCCAGCCACUAAGCAGAGCCCUCAUAUUGCAGCCGAAAAGAAGGUCUACAUCCAGACGCGCAGGCAGAGGAAGCUACACUUUGUGGUGGGGGGAUUCGCCUACCUGCUCCCCAAGACUGUGGUGGUGCUACGGUGUCCCACACGGCGCUUCCGCAAGCCCCUCAUCACCUGGGAAAAAGACGGCCAGCACCUCAUCAGCUCUGCUCACGUCACCGUGGCUCCCUUUGGCUACCUGAAGAUCCAUCGCCUCAAGCCCUCUGAUGCAGGCGUCUACACCUGCUCCGCUGGGCCGGCCCGGGAGCAGUUCGUGAUCAAGCUCAUUGGAGGCAACCGCAAGCUGGUGGCCCGGCCCCUGAGCCUGAGGAGCGAGGAAGAGGCCCUCAUGGUGCGGAAGGUCCACCCAAAGGAGGCCCUGCAGACCCACAAGCACCAGAACGGAAUCUUCUCUAAUGGCAGCAAGGCUGAGAAGCGGGGCUUCACUGCUGACACAGGGAGCCGCUACGAUGACCUUGUGUCGAGGCUGCUGGAGCAGGGGGGCUGGCCGGGAGAGCUCCUGGCCUCGUGGGAUGGCCAGGACUCCACAGAAAAGAAUACGUCCUCAGAGGAGGACCAGCACGCAGAGCAGGCCCUUCUGCACCUGCCUUUCACCCUGGUCACUGAACAGAAGCGCCUGGACGACAUCCUUCGAAACCUCUCCCAGCAGCCCGAGGAGCUUCGUGACAUCUACAGCAAGCACCUGGUGGCCCAGCUGGCCCAGGAGAUCUUCCGCAGCCAUCUGGAGCACCAGGACGUGCUCCUCAAGCCUUCUGAGCGGCGGCUUCCCCUUGUGGCCAUUCCUCCUCAUAAACACGUGUCUGGCUUCACCAGCUCCCUGCGGACCUCUUCCUCUGCAGAGGCUGGGGGCGGCUCUCGCAGGCCUCACCGCAAACCCACCAUCUUGCGGAAGAUCUCUGCUGCCCAGCAGCUGUCCGCCUCAGAGGUGGUCACCCACCUGGGACAGACUGUGGCCCUGGCCAGCGGGACUCUGAGUGUGCUUCUGCACUGUGAAGCCAUAGGCAACCCAAGGCCUACCAUCAGCUGGGCCAGGAACGGAGAAGAGAUUCAAUUCACUGACAGGAUUCUUCUACAGCCAGAUGAUUCCUUACAGAUCCUGGCACCAGUGGAAGCUGAUGUGGGUUUCUACACUUGUAAUGCCACAAAUGCCUUGGGAUAUGACUCUGUCUCCAUUGCCGUCACUUUAGCAGGGAAGCCACUAGUAAAAGCAUCGCGAAUGACUGUGAUCAACACUGAAGAACCUGCCAUCACGGUGGAUGUGGGUGGCAUCAUCAAAACAGUGCGGGGAGUGAACGUUACCAUUAACUGCCAGGUUGCCGGUGUACCUGAAGCUGAAGUCACUUGGUUCAGGAAUAAAAGCAAACUGGGAUCCCCUCAACAGCUGCACGAGGGCUCCUUGCUGCUCACAGAUGUGUCCUCCGCGGAUCAGGGCCUGUACUCCUGCCGGGCAGCCAAUCUGCAUGGGGAGCUGACUGAGAACACCCAGCUACUGAUCCUAGAUCCCCCUCAAGUCCCUGCGCAGUUGGAAGACAUCAAGGCCUUGCUCUCAGCCACUGGACCAAACCUUCCAUCGGUGCUGAUGUCUCCUCUGGGAACACAGCUGGUCCUGGAUCCUGGGAAUUCCGCUCUCCUUGGCUGCCCCAUCAAAGGCCACCCUACGCCCAAUAUCACCUGGUUCCAUGGUGGGAAACCAGUUGCCACUGUCACUGGACUGACACAUCACAUCUUGGCAGCUGGACAGAUUCUCCAGGUCGCAAAUCUUAGUGGUGGAUCUCAAGGGGAAUUCAGCUGCCUUGCUCAGAACGAGGUGGGAACACUUGUGCAGAAGGCUUCCUUAGUGAUCCAAGAUUACUGGUGGUCUGUGGACAGACUGGCAACCUGCUCAGCCUCCUGUGGUAACAGGGGUGUUCAACAGCCCCGCCUCAGGUGUCUACUGAAUGGCACCGAAGUCAACCCAGAUCACUGUGCAGGGAAGGUGCGUCCUGCUGUGCAGCCCAUCGCCUGCAACCGGAGAGACUGCCCUGCCAGGUGGAUGGUGACCUCCUGGUCCGCCUGUACCCGGAGCUGUGGAGGAGGCGUCCAGACCCGCCGGGUGACCUGCCAGAAGCUGAAAGCCUCGGGGAUCUCCACCCCUGUGUCCAAUGAUAUGUGCACCCAGCUCGCCAAACGGCCAGUGGACACCCAAGCCUGUAACCAACAGCUGUGUGUGGAGUGGGCCUUCUCCAGCUGGGGCCAGUGCAAUGGCCCAUGCAUCGGGCCUCGCCUAGCUGUGCAGCACAGACAAGUCUUCUGCCAGACACGGGAUGGCAUCACCUUACCGUCAGAGCAGUGCAGUGCCCUUCCGAGGCCUGUGAGUACCCAGAACUGCUGGUCAGAGGCCUGCAGCGUACAUUGGAGGGUGAGUCUGUGGACCCUGUGUACAGCAACCUGUGGCAACUACGGCUUCCAAUCCCGGCGUGUGGAGUGCGUGCACGCCCGUACCAACAAGGCCGUGCCCGAGCACUUGUGCUCCUGGGGACCCCGGCCCGCCAACUGGCAGCGCUGCAACAUCACUCCAUGUGAAAACAUGGAGUGCAGAGACACCACCAGGUACUGCGAGAAGGUGAAGCAGCUGAAACUCUGCCAGCUCAGCCAGUUCAAAUCUCGCUGCUGUGGAACGUGUGGCAAAGCGUGAAGACAGGCCCGGGGAAGCGCUCUGUCCUGGCCACACCGAGGACUCACACAACCACCUUGGACAGAACUUAAGCUUUCUUCGUUUUAUUUAUUUAUUUCCCCCUCCCCCCCACCCCCAAAACACACCUUCAUCCCAUUCCCCCCCCUUUUUAUCCCCUCCCCCAGUCUUGAGGACCUCAGCAUGUCUUUUUCAGUUAGCUGGAGGACAGUGUUGGGACGGGACAGGACAGAGGUCUAAAGGAGGUUGCAGAGCAGUUUGAGUCAGAGACAGCGGGCUCCCUCCCAAACCGGGGUCCUGCAGAGACCUAGGAGGAGGGUCACGGGCCUCGGGAUAGGAGGGAGCCAGUGCUAACAGCAGAUGAGAGACCGGAGGGCAGGGGCGCUGCAGGGAUGGUAAAGCAUCAGUGCAGACUUUGGCCAACCACCACCGGGUCGCUCCUGGCAGGGCACAGCUGAGGCAGGCGUGUGCCUCCUCCUCUGCCCCUCAGUGUGGGAAGGACCAGGGGGAAAAGCUGAAGCUGAGGCAGAACUCAGCUCUUCUGGGGACGGGCAAAGGACAAGGACACAAAGCAGACAAAGAGGGAUAAAGGAGGAGACAUCCAAGUAGGCCUGAAGUGCACGCUGAUGCAGAUAAUGGAAUAGGAGGGAAGGAAGGAGACAGAAGCAAAAAGAAAGCUGUGCAAGUUCCUCAGUGGGAGUGCAGUAGCCGGGCACCCUGAGGAUUUGGUGGAGUGGGGAGGUGAGUGGGGCGGGCUGAGUGCCAAGUGUCCGUGCUACAAGUACAUGCCCUCCACGGGGUGCAGGGGGUCCCCACACAGUGAGCUGUACACACAGCAAAGCCAGGGAGUCAGUGGGGCCCGACCACCUCUGGCUUCUUUAUCUAAAUUAAGAGUCCCCUGGUCUAGAACCAACUGCUGAUGUGGGCCAGGGACAUUUAUAGCAUAAAUACCUGGGUUAUCUGCCUGUAUGACCUUUGCUGCUCCACUUCAGCACAAGGAACGGGGGGUCACAUUGUGAAAAACAAUGCAUCACUUUGCUGCAUCGGGUCAGAGUGGCCACCACGUUCCAGGACUCGGGGCGCGACAGCAGGCAGGUGCAGCCCUCCUGUCAUACAGUGAGAACUGCCCUCCUGUUUAUACCGCAGACUGGGGUGCACAAGGGGUGUGGUGGCAAAGCCAAAGGAUAACUAAAGCUUCCAUGACAGUCCUCCGAAGUUUUUCAGCCCAUUCCUUGCACACAACAAACGCUAUUAUAGGAAUAUACACCGGUGUUGGCAAGUGGCUAAUUCAGCGCAGCAGCUUUGGGGGAGCGAGGUUGGCCACUUCCCGGUGAAUGGCCACUUGUAGUAGCCAGGACAGAAGGGCGGGGCAGCCAGCCAGCACCCCCUCAGAUAAACAAAUGUCCCCCUCACAAACACUCUUGUUAAAUGCCACUUACCCAAUGCCCACUGACAUCAGGGCUGCAUUUUUCAGCCAGCCUGGAAGUAAAAGGGGGGAGAGAGAAAAUAUUUAGCUGUGUCCUCCUCAGGUGAGCUAUGAUGACUAAAGUCGGGGGUGGGGGAGAGGGGUCUUUCUUCCUUACCACAAAAAAAAAAAAAAAAUGGGCUCUAAAAAAUCAUGUUACUAAAAUUCAGUGUCAAGUUUAUUUAAAAUAAAAGAGAAUGUUUUCUAUGUAUAUCUUUUGUGAAUAUUUAUUAGGAUUUCUUGUAUAAAAAGUGCAAUAUUAAUAAUUGUACAUUGUCAUCCAGAAAACAAAAUAUUUGGGGGACUUUUUAUUAACUUCCUGCAGUUGUGCUCCUGUAAACUCAGUAAUGAUAUUGUCUUGUUCCUAUUUUUUAUAGAACCUGGUGUUUAACUCUGGACCCAUUCACUGUGUACAGAUUACUUUGUAAAAGCUAACAUGGGAUGAUGGGGCAAUAGAAGGGGCCUCAUUUGUGACACAAUAGUUAUGCAUGGAAUGAAGAUAGGUUCCAUACUACUACUACUACUAAUGUGAUUGACUAUUUCUAGUUCAAUACCAUUGAAAACCAGUGGCCAAUAUUCACAUCUUCUAAAUAGCAGGUGUCCUCCAGCACCACCACCCCCACCUGUUGGAUUGCUACAGUUUGAGCUGGAGGACCUAGUAUCGGGGUGGGAAGUAGCGUGCUCCUUGCAUGAGAUGAAUGUACAUUUACUGUUUGUUCUGUGAAUUGUGACUCAGCAGCCCCACAAGAUUAUUAAGGUUGCUGAAUAAUGUGGAAGGAGGCAUUUCCUCCUCUAAAACACAAAACUGUAUUUAUAUUUUUUUUGUACAGAUAAUACAGCUUA